UCGAGCGGCACAGCAGUACCUGAUAUCCUUUGAUGCAGUGAAAACAGUAACAAUGUAGAAGUGAUGAUCAGGCCAGUGAGCCAAUAAUCUAUAUCUGGAAGCUCUAGCAACUCUGGCGAAAAUAGAGGCUGAGUUGGGAAAGUGAACCAACCCUGGCCAACUUGCAAUACUUAAAGGAGGCCAUAUUCCCCUGAACUCUGUUUAACACAACCAUUUCCAUUCUAUAUAUUCUAAGUCCGUUAUAAUACGCAACAACAUGAAGCUCUCUACUCUUGCACUACCGGCUCUUAGCGUCAUUGGUACCUCUACGGCCGCCCAAUGGGGUCUAUACGCCGUCGAUAACCGUGGCUUCUUCCUCAGUGGCGGCGACAAUGUCAUCGAGGGACUUCCCGCUUUCUUAGCUUGGUGCGUGCAGGUCGGCGGUCUCUGCUACAACAUCGACGGCGCUUCCAGUAUCAGCUUUAGCAACCCUUUGCUUACAACCUCCUGGACUUUCACACAGAGUGCCAACGGAGUGAAAGCCACCGCUACCCUGAACGGUUGGAACGGGGCUGGGGGCGAGAAGGUCUGGAUGACGCCCACUAAGAAUUAAGUUGGGUUGAUGCUGGGUCUGAACGGACUCCGGGCCUCUAGUGUGUAGCUCAUAUGGUAGAAAUUAGGAGACUUAAGGCUUUGAAGAC